UUGUGGUGUCGUUUCAUGUGUUUAAACUGCUGACUUCGUUUGUUCCGAUCGACAGCGCACGCACGUACGUUUCUCGUUUUCUUUUCGCUUUCGCGCAUCGGGAAGCGGGUUCAAUUCCCCUCAGUUGUCGGCAAUUCGCGGAGAGGACUGACGACCACCGCGCGACAGGAAGUCGGUGGGUGAACCCCGCGCGCGCCGGCUCCCGUGGCUCUCUAGCGAGCGCAGAAACCUUACUCCGACUUCGUCUGGCCUGCCCGUCGGCCAGUUGACGGGCGACGAGACUCCUCUUUCGAUCUGUUUGCAUCGGUCCGCGAACCUCCGUUCGUCGACGCGGAAAAAGCAGCGACGAGUUAUCUCUCUCGCGCGCGCGCGGUGUUUUUCGUUUUUCUUUUUGUUGCAUACGAGACGCGGUCCCCCCUGAGGUGACGCGCGCGAAUUUUCGACCACCAGUGCCCCCAUCGGCGCGCAUAUCUCUCUCUAUAUAUACAUAUAGACUAUAUUCGCUCUCUGUUUUCCCGUACGGAGCGAGAUACACACAAGCCUAGCCGGCUAGUGCGAUCUAAGCCGGGCGUUCACAGCGAUAUUACUCGUAGGACCGGAUCUCUACGUACGUAAACAGACACACACACACAUACACGCACGCACGCACGCACGCACACCGACUUCUGAGAAGAUUCAGUGAAACGUGCUGUGAGCCUUAGUGUCCCGACGACAACAAGGAGAAGGAAGCUUGUAUACGUCUGUGGCUCUCUGGAGAUCGGCGAAGAACGCCAGCGUCGGGUCGCUAUGAUGGAGUCGCUCUGCCAGGUGAACGGCAGCAAAACCAACAGCAAUGGGGAUCUUAGCAACGAGACCAACAACAACAACAACAACAACAAUACCAAGAGCAACACCCACAACAAUAGCAGCACCAACAAUAACAACAGCAAUAGCGAUUGCACCGAUCCUCAGCAGAGGUUGGCGGUGCUGAGCUUCGAACAGGUGCGCCGUCUGAACGAUGUGAUGAACGAGGUUGUGAGCAUCCACGGGCGUGGAAACUUUCCCACUCUGGAGGUCCGACUGAGGGAUCUCGUGACAGUAGUGCGCAGCAAGCUGGAGACCGAUCCGAGCAACGGGGGCGCUGGCAUGAGGGUACGCGACAUUCGGCUGAACGGCGGUGCCGCUUCUCACGUGCUGGCCACCGAGUCCCAGCCCUACAACGACCUGGAUCUUAUCUUCGCGGUCGAGCUCUCUAGUGGCCGCAACUACGACAAGGUCAAGGCCGCGGUGCUCGGCUCCUUGUUUGACUUGUUGCCGGAAGGCGUGAGUCGCAAACGCAUCACCACGUGCAGCUUGAAGGAGGCCUACGUGAGCAAAAUGGUGAAGGUGAACAACGACGGUGACCGGUGGUCCCUGAUCUCUCUUGGCAAUUCCCGAGGCCACCGGAACGUCGAGCUCAAGUUCGUCGAUUCGAUGAGGCGGCAGUUCGAAUUCUCCGUCGACUCCUUCCAGAUCGUUCUUGACUCCCUGUUGCUGUUCUACGAGUGCAGCAAGCUGCCGAUCGCCGAAAACUUCUAUCCGACCGUGGUGGGUGAGUCCGUGUACGGUGAUUUCCAGGAGGCGCUCUACCAUCUGCAUAAGAAGCUUAUCUCGACGAGGCAUCCCGAGGAGAUACGCGGCGGCGGUUUGCUCAAAUACUGCAAUCUCUUAGUGAAAAUGUACAAACCGGCGCAACCGGAGCACAUCAAGACGCUCGAACGGUACAUGUGCUCAAGAUUCUUCAUCGACUUUCCGGACAUAGGACAGCAGCGCUCGAAGCUCGAAAAUUAUCUGUGGAAUCACUUCGUCGGGCCCGAGGAGGAGGCUCUCAAAUAUCAGUACCUGAUGCUGUUGCACAGCGUCGUCGAGGAGUCGACCGUGUGCCUGAUGGGCCACGAACGGCGGCAGACACUCGCCCUGAUACAGAAUCUUGCCUACCAAGUGCUCUGCCAGGAGCAGCAGCAGCGGCUUACGAGCCAUCAACAGGCGCCGCAAGGACCGCCCGCUACCUACGUAUACGCCAACGGCUAUUAUUACGCGCCGGUGAUACCCACGACCGCGUGUUACACGUGCACCUGCAACUGGAUGGCGUGCUCGUCGUGAUGCGACGAUAUCGACGAUAACGCUGUGUCCGUAGACGCCGCUAAUAACAUCACCACCGCCGCCAUUUUCACCACCGCUCUCGCCAGCGCUGAUCGCGCUACCAUGAUCGAUCGUUGCGACAUUAACGACUUCAAUCAUGAUUCCUACAGCUCGUGGUACCAAAGGUACGAGUACAAGAUUUGUUACUUCUGCACUUGUGGCUUUUACUGUCCGUUCGAGAAAGACUUCUGCUGCGUUUGUGGUACCUCUCAAGACGCCGAAGAGAACUCGUCCAAGAACAAGGACAUCAGACAUUUCGCGUCCAACGUCAAAGAAUCUGAGCGUCUCAGUUGACGUUCGCUGGACGUGUCGGAGUGAUGCGAGAUGAUACAAGUGGUGAAAAGAAAUGAAGCGUCCAUUGGUGAUCGCUGAUGAAUGCGGGAACAACCAAGUUGGCGAUCUGAAAAAAAAAAAACAAAAAGAAACGGCGUGUUCGGAUGGCAAACGUACAAUAUCGUCGAUGCGACAAAGAGAGAGUGUCAGGUUAUAGACGAGGGAGAUGAAAGGAACCAGAUAACUUACUCUUAUCUACCUGGUUCUCUGUUCGCGAGUGCUGCUCUUUCUAGGCACUUCUGUAAAACGCUCGGUGGCGAUUUGCCGCAGCAAAAAACAAGUUCGGACCAAAACGCUGGUAUCGCUUACGGUCGCGGCGAAACAACCAAAAUACUACAAGACUCCAGAAACAAUGUGUUGUGCCUAAAAAUAAACAAAAACAGCAAGAUCAAGAAACAUUCAAAGAAGACUAAGAAGAUUUUGACGGAAAGUAAAAAAAGACGUUUUUCCGAAUACGAUUGAACGUCAACCGCUAGCGAGAGAAAGAGAUAGAGAGAGAGAAAGAGAGAGAGAGAGAGAGAGAGAGAGAGAGAGACGGUCUUUGGAAUUUCGGAAGAACGGACAUCGGGCGUCGUGCCGGAAUGUGUGUUGUCAACAAAACACACAUAUGUACACAAACACACAUACAAACACACACACAAACAUCGACUUCUAGACGCCGUGUUCGAGCAAGAAAGCAAGAGAAAGAACCCUGGAAGACGCGAGGUAAAAAACAAUCUCCACAGUGGGAACACUCGGUGCGAAACAGAAGAAGAGAGAAAAGAGAAGAGUCGGAAAAAAAUAAAAAAAAAAAAA